ACAAAAAAAACAUCACCAAACUUUAAUCCACUCCCAAAUAAUAAUUCCCACCCCUUCACUUUCAGAUCUCAUCAGUUUCCAUUCAACCGCCGCCUGUCGCCGCCACCCCUCCGCCACCGUACAUCGGACGGCAGAUAAAGUUGUUUCAGAUCUGCUGCAAACCAUCGACGGUAGAUCGACGGAGUCGAGUUCGCCGGAAACGCGUUUGAAGAUCGGAGAAGAACAUGCUUUUCCGGCCGCCGGCGACCGCCGGCGAUAAUCUUCUCCUUUUUCCGAUCUAAACGAAAUUAGGUUUUUGUAAAAACGGUACAUGUUUAUUAUUAUUAUUAAUAUUAAUUAAAAAAUAUUUUAUUUUAUUAAUUUUUGUAUUACUUUUUUUUAUUUUAAUAUGAAUUUCUUGGUCAUUGUACGUUACAAACUAGUUUACGCGUGUUGAAAUAUUUUUUUUUUUUUUAAGGGAAAAUAUUUUUGUUUUAUUAAAGUUACCAAGUAAAAAGUACAAUAAUUUGUAUUUUUGGGUAAGUUUGAAGUUUAAUUGGUGCUAAAUGGUGUCAUCAGUUACCAAACAUUUUUUGUAUGACAUGUUUAUAGUAAAAAACAAAAUUAUGUUUUGCUUUUUUCGGUUUCCUGGUUUAUAAAUUAUUUUUUUAUAAUUUAAAAGUCUUUAAUUGUCAAAAAUUACACAUUUCUUAAAAAAAUAAUUUCUUGUUUAAAAGUCUUUAAUUGUCAAAAAUUACACAAAAUUUAAAAAAAUAAUUUCUUGGUCAUUUUGCGUUACAACUAGCUUUUGGCAUGUUAAAAUAUUUUAUUUGUUUUUUAAAGGAUUUUAUUUUUCUUAUAAGAGUUGCGGAGUAAAAAAAAGUAAUUUUUAUAAAAUUAAUUUGCGAUGGCUUUUUCUUACAAACUAGUUCUCAUAUAUUGAUUUUUUUUUUCUUAAGAGUAACGGAGUUAAAAAUACUAUAUUUGUAUCUUUUGGGUACGUUUGAAGUUUAGUUGUUGCUAACUAAAUGAUGCCUUUAUUUAUGACACAUUUUUUGUAUUUCAAGUUUGUUCAAAAAAAUUAUGCCUUCAUGUUAUUUUCUAAUUUAUAUUUUUUUAUACCUUAUAAAUCUUCAAUCAUAAAAGUUAGGGAGUUAACAAACUAGUUUUCGUAUAUAUUUAUUGAAAUGAAAUAUAACAAUAAUAUUUUUACAAAAGUUACGGAGUUAAAAACAAUGUUUAUUAAACUUGAUUCGUUUUCAUAUUUUUUAUCAAAAAAUAAAAUUAUGCCGUCUUUUUUUUCUAUUUCCUGGUCACUUAAUAUUUUUUAUUCUCUACAAAUUCUUUACUUGUUAAAAAAGCACAUGAUUUUUCGUUUAUGGAUUUAAUAACGAAGAGCUAAAAGUUUUUCUUUAAUAUUUUAAUAAAAAAAUAGAAUUUAUUAAUCUGAGGAGGUGAUUAAUUUCAAGGUCCCAACACAACACCCUUUUACCUUUUCGUACUCGCACCAAGGCUAUUUCCGUCUUUUCACAGAAAAAGGUCGGUUAUCUUUAUUGCUCCUAUUACUUUACUACCCUCAACACGCGCUUGUAUUUACAUCACGUACAAGGCGCGUGGCUGACGAUACCAACUCACAUUUUUACUUUUAAGCCAGUCCAUGUCAUUAUAUGUGUUUGGACAGUGGGACUACCCUGGGCCCCACCAAAAAAAACCCUAAAUUAAAGCGUCUAAAACUCACGAUAUUUUCAUCAAGAGGUUGUUAAAAUGCCACGUGUGUAACAGAUCUCAUCUCAGCCGUAGAUUACAGGUAUGAUGGGCAACGUGCCCAGCCAGCAAGUAGUUCAACUUCAUCCGUUGGAUCAACGGUCAGAAAGCAAUCAACGGUGGAUAUCCUGCCCGUGUUUACCCCGGUCAGAUCUUAUCGCCUUUAAGAACCACCCCCAACCCCUUCAAUCUUCGCUCAGUCACAAACCCUAGAAAACCAUCACCUCCAUAAAUAUAUAUAAAAAUUUAUAUAUAUUUAUCUGCACGACGUCGUUUCGUUGUUUUCCGAUCUCCGUUGGAGGAAUAUUAUUGUAUUGUGCUCAACGACGUCGUAUUACGCAUGUAUGACUUUCAAUCGGUGACAGAUCCGGCGAAUUCGUUGCCGGCGGUGGUUGAUGGCGGCGUCGACGGUGUUAGCGAGUAGAAAUAAUAAUCAUCACCAAUCAUUCAUGGGAGAAAUCCCUAAUUAUUCCAAUAAUAAUCCUCAUCGUAUUCUGAACCCUAACCCUAACCCUAACCAAAAACCCAAAUCGAACAAGAAGAAGCAUUUUCCCAAUUCCGCCAUCAACGGCCGCCCUCACAGCACCACCGCCGUUGAUCCCUCUGCGCUGGUUGCGACUCAAUCCGCAUCCGAUGAUGCUUAUUCGUUCAAUCAAAAACCGAUUGAACCCGGUUACGGAAACAGCUUUAAUUACGGUCCGUUUGUCACCUACAACGUUGCUAAGUGUUCUAGAAGCGAGAUUAAUGAGUUACGGAAGAAAUUGGUGUCGGAUCUUGAACGAAUCCGGAAGUUAAAUGAUCGGAUUCAGGUUCCGGAUGUAAACCCUAACCCUAGAUCGGCGAAUGGGAAAUUUAAGAAAUUGACGGGGAAUAAACGGCUGCCGAUGCCGUUUGGAUCGAGUAAUAAAGAGAUGAAGCAUUUCCGUCAGGGUUUGGUUAACGGCGGUGAAGUGGAUGAGAGUUUGAUGAAGAAUUGUCGUCAAGCGUUGACGAAAUUGAUGAAGCAUAAGUUGAGUUGGGUGUUCAAUAAGCCGGUGGAUGCGGUUGCCUUAGGGCUUCAUGAUUAUCAUCAGAUUAUUAAACGGCCGAUGGAUUUGGGUACGGUUAAGUCCAAUUUGUCCAAGGGGUUGUAUUCAAAUCCAUUGGAUUUUGCUUCGGAUGUGAGAUUGGUGUUUGAGAAUGCGAUGCUGUAUAACCCGAGGACGGAUGAGGUUCAUGGUAUGGCGGAUCAGCUGUUUAGGUAUUUCGAAGAGCUUUUUAGACCUAUUCAGGCGAAAUUGGCAACAAAUCGGCAGGUUGUUAAUGAAUUUUCGGCUGUGGAUGAAUUGGAUGGGAGCUCUUGGGACGAUAUUCAGUCGCCUGAGAGAUCGAAGAAGGUUAAAACCGGCCUGACGAGUGGGGUUGGGCCUGGGCUGGUUGUGCCUUCGGUUUCGAACAAGCAGAAUCACUCGACUGCGUCCAAUCCGAUAAUCCCGCCUGUUGUUCAUUCUGUUCAAUCUUUUCAGUCAGUUCAGUCGCCUGUUCGGAGUCUUUCACCGCCAAUGCAGGCUGCAGAACCGGUGAAGCCGUCUUCGACAGGGACGAGGGGUGUUGUGGCUAAGUUGCCGAAGCCUAGGGCGAAAGACCCGAAUAAGAGGGAAAUGAAUAUGGAAGAGAAACAGAAAUUGGGGUUGGGGUUGCAGAGUAUGCCUCCGGAAAAGAUGCCUCAGUUGUUGCAGAUUAUACGGAAGAGGAACGAUCAGUUGGCGCAAGAGGGGGAUGAAAUUGAGCUUGAUAUCGAGGCAUUGGACACCGAAACGCUGUGGGAGCUUGAUCGGUUUGUUACCAACUGGAAGAAACAUGUUAGCAAGACGAAAAGGCAGGCGCUUUUGGUAAACAAUGUGUCUGCGGUUGCUGCUCCGAGUGUCUCGGCUGACAUUGACGAUGUUCCCAUGGGUGAGAAAAUUGACAGUAUGAAGAAGAGCAAGAAGGAUGCAGGUGAAGAAGACGUCGACAUUGGGGAUGAGAUGCCCGAAAGCAGCUUCCCACACGUGGAGAUAGAGAAAGAUGAUGGUGGUGGUCAGGGUGCAGCCGCAGGUCAUGGAAAUGACAAUGCUGCAAGCAGCAGCUCGAGCGGAUCAAGCAGCUCAAGCAGCGGUGAUUCGUCGUCUUCCAGUGAUUCAGGCUCUGGGAGCUCUUCUGGGAGUGAUUCUGAUGCAGAUGAUGCACAAUCUUGAUGGAACAACAGAAGGUGUAGUCGAUCUGAAUCCGAAAAGCAGGAAAUUGCAAAUGCCAUUGCAGGAUCUGGUCAUGAUGAUGGGUUAAGAGAACAAAAUUGGUCUGCAAGAUGAUGUUGGUUUCCAUGAAAGGAUUGGAGGAGAAAUUGGGUUUUGAUUUAGGUUUAGUUAAUGGGUUUUGAGAGUGUUGCUGACUUAUAUUAGUAGGGAGGAGAUGGCAGGCUGGAAGAUGAGAUGGGAUGGUGGAGGAAAGGGGAUGAUGUUGUGUACAUAUGACCAACAAGACAAAAGUGUAAUGUAGUUGUAGGAAUCCAUCACAAUGCAAAUUCUUGUUCUAAUUGUUGUUAUUCAAAUGUUCACACAAAUGCAUGUGAUGAUGGGGUACAAAAGAUGUGUGUAGUGUAGCUCCAAAGUUUUUAAUCAACAAUGUUAAGUUUUGGGAUA